GUCGCCCGGAGUGAAGCCGCGUUGCACACAGGCGGGAGGGCAUGGAGCCGGCGGCCGGGCCGGGCCGGGGGAACAUUUACCCGGCCCCGGGGGGCGAGCGGGGCACCGACCCGGGCCAGGGCUCCUCCGCGGCCGGGCGGGCCCCGGGGGCACAGGACAGCUGGUCGGGGGCGGCUGGCGGCAACUGGAUCACGACUCACCCCACGUUCACAGAAAUGAUGUCACUUGAUGUAUCUGACAGCACUCAAGUCUAUGCUGCCUUUCUGGUGUACCUGGACCUCUUAGAAGGGAGGAACUGGCAUGAGGUGCAGCCCGUGGGAGUGGUAGAGCUGCAGCUGGUGUGUUUGCAUGCCCGUGCCAGGGAGCAGGAGGGGCUCCAGGUGAUGGUGCCGGUGCCUGCACACAUCCUGAUCAGCCACGAGAGGUUAAGGGAAAUACUGAAGAAAGCCUCUCUCCCUCCAGAGGAUCCCAACACCCUGCUGUCAGUUACCUUGGCCGUAGUUGAGACAGACUCCACAAUAGUCUACUAUAAAAUGACUGAUGGCUUUGUAAUGCCAGAUCCUCCUGAUGAUGCUGAAGAUGUAGAUAAUAAACAGUGGAGGAAGAAAAGAAAGAAACUUUUCAAAUGAUUAGGACAGAGAAAAAAAAAUCAUUUCUUAGACACCUGUGCUCAAACCCAAACAAAUGCAGGAACUGAUGCAUGUGAAUAAGUGGUGUGCUAAAGUCUGUCUUGGCAUAUCAAGGAUGUGUUCAGGGGGAACAGAGGCUUGUGCAGCUGCCCUGUGUUGAAAUGCCAUUUGAGGUAUGAAGAAGGUCAUACUUUGAGACAGAUCAGUCCUGACUAAUAAAUACGCUUGGGAAGUGUUUGCAAA